UCCUAACAUUUCAUCUUAUUACAUGAUCCCGUGCUCUCGACAUGACCAUUGAAGAGGAUUUCGAUAAUUUCAUGAAACAACUCGGAGAGAGCAUCUCAGAAGAAGAAUUGAAAGCUCUCACGGCAGCUUGCCAAGACGUCAUCCCAAAUGAAGCGAGGGAGAAGAUCAAGAAACAGAGGGAUCUCUUCAGUUACCUUCAAAAGAUUGAUCAGCUCAGUCAAGAUAACUUAUAUUAUCUAGAGCACGCUCUGGAGAAGAUUUGUCGACCGGACCUGGUAACCAUGGUGAUGGAUUUUCGAGACAGCGCUCCCUCCAGCCAAGAUCUAAGCAAUGUCAUCUCCGGACCGGCAAGAAAAUACAAAGAAAUGAACAAGGAAACGGGAGAAGUUCCGGAGGAGGUGCUUACAGGGUUAGCUAAGAUUGAACUAGCCCCACCCCCUUUGAAUGCAGACCGACGGAAAGGGAGAGACACGAGAUAAAUGGACCACGAUACCAAAAACGUCAAACAGAAGAACAAAAUGUUAAUAUAACUGUACAAUUAUGAUUAUUGGAAAUCUUUUUUUAUAUUGAUAUUAUAUCGAGAGUGUUUUAUUAUUGUAAGUAGUAUAUUAAUGUUUGUAAUUGAAUAUUUAUAGGAUCUUGCCCUUGUACUACACUGGAAUCAAACCAAAACUAGCGGCACCAGGGUCCUAGGGUCCAGUGCCGCACCUGGAUACUUAUUUGCAACGCUGCACCAUGUAUACAGCAUGUGCACUCUAUAUGUGAACUUGUUGCUGCCUGAUUCGCAUUUUAAAAAAAGCAAACGUGUACCCUUUGUUUCCAGAGGUACUAUAUAUUUAUUAUCUUUUCAUUUACAAAAUGAUCCUGGUUAUAUUGUGUAUAAAACUAUCUGAGUCUGCUUGCACAAAGUAGAUUUGAAAUUAUCGUACUAAUGUCGCCCAUGCGUUAAAGGGGAUAUGCUUCUUAUACACUUUUUUUUUAAUGAAUGCGUUUCGUAAAAUUAUCGGGGACGAUAAGGUAUGUUUAUGUUUUGACAAAUGGUUCAACGGAUGUUUGUUUCAUAAGAGUAUGUACCUCGAAUAUCCCCAAAUUCUUGGGAUUGGCAAAUUCGUUAUAGAACCCAAAAUGUU